AGGAGACAAAGGGCAGUGUUUCCUCCCCCUGCACCAAAAGACAGGAAAGAGGUUGUGGGAGUAAGAGGCCUCAGCUCCAGUACCCCUGUGAGGUCCUGCCCCAUGGCCUUCAAUGACCUCCUGGUGCAAGUGGGGGGCAUUGGCCGCUACCAGCAGAUCCAGACCAUUCUGUUGGUUCUGCCCCUGCUCCUAAUAUUUUUGCACAACAUCCUGCAGAAUUUCACGGCCGCCAUCCCCACCCACCACUGCCGCCCACCCGCCGACACCAACCUCAGCAAGGACGGCGAGCUGGAGGCCUGGCUGCCCCGGGAUGGGCAGGGGCAGCCCGAGUCCUGCCUCCGCUUCACCUCCCCCCAGCGGGGACCGCGCUUUCCCAAUGGCACUGAGACCAACCACACGGGGGCCACAGAGCCCUGCACCCAUGGCUGGAUCUAUGACAACAGCACCUUCCCUUCCACCAUCGUGACAGAGUGGGACCUCGUGUGUGCACACAAGACCUUGCCACAGUUGAGUCAGUCCAUCAUCAUGGCAGGGAUAGUGGUCGGAAACUUGAUGUUUGGGACCAUGGCAGACAGGCUGGGCCGCCUGAAGGUGCUGAUCUGGAGCUACCUGCAGUUAGCAGCCUCCGGGACCUGCGUUGCCUUCGCACCCAACUUCCCAACCUACUGCGCUUGCCGUUUCCUCUCAGGCAUGGCUGUGUCGGGCGCCAGCAGCACUUCCAUUAUUUUGAGUCUGGAGUGGCUGCCCAUCCACGCCCGGCCAGGUCUGGGCUUCUUAAUUGGAUUUGUCACCACCAUAGGUCAGUUCUUCCUGGCUGGCAUGGCUUAUGCUGUGCCCCACUGGCGCCACCUGCAGCUGCUGGUCUCUCUGCCCUUCUUUGUCAUCCUUAUCUACUUCAGGUUCUUCACUGAGUCUGCCCUCUGGCAUUCCUCCUUGGGGAACCUGGACCUCGCCCUGAAAGCUCUGCAGAGAGUGGCCCAGAUCAAUGGGCAGCAGAAAGAGGGUGCCAAGCUGAGUGUGGAGCUGCUCCAGAUGAGUCUGCAGAGCAGCCGGACCAUCAGCCAAGCCCAGCCCUCAAUGCUGCAGCUGCUGCGCUCCCCUGCCGUCCGUCAGCUCUUCCUCUGUAUCAUGCCACUGUGGUUUGUACACCUUUUCAGCUUAUACGGCUUGAUCAUGAGUCUGCAAAGUUUUGAGAUCAACAUCUACCUGACCCAGGUGCUCUUCACAAUUCCGGACCUACCAUUUUAUUUCCUGGGCUUUUUGGCCACCAAAUCCCUUGGCCGCAGGCAUACCCAAAUGGGCUCCUUGCUGCUGUCAGGGAUCCUCAUUCUGACUUGUGCAAUGAUACCCCCGGAUCAGAUAUUCCUCCAUGUGGCAAUGGCCGCGUUAGGAAAAGGCUGUUUGUGUGGCUCCUUGAACUGCCUCUCAAUGUACGCAGGGGAGCUGUACGCCACGGUAAUGCGGCAGAGAGGUCUGAGCAUGACAACCACCGUGGCCAACAUAGGCAGCAUUCUAAGCCCACUGGUGGGCAUGACCUCCGAGCUCUACCCUUCCCUGCCUUUCUUCAUCUAUGGAGGGGUCCUUGUGGCUGCCUGCCCCAUCAUUGUCCUCCUGCCAGAGACCCUGGGGCUACCGCUGCCCAACACACUACAGGACCUGGAGAGAAGGUGGAAAGAGAGAUCGGGGCAGAAGCAGCAGGAGCAGCAGAUGGUCCCACUCCAGUCCUCCUGAGAACUGAGAAGG